AUGUCGCAUUUCUUCGGUUUUCAGACGGCAAGGCGAGAAGUAUCCGACGCUCCUCCUCCAACGGAGCCACCCCCAGCACCACCGCCGGCGACGACGACCACACCUGCGCCUGCGCCUGCGCUCCCACCGGCUCAAGCUCCACCUUCAGCACCAGCACCUCCAGUUCCACGUCCCUGCGUGCUUUGUGGUAGUACAAAUAAAGACGACCAUCUUAUACGAGCUUGCCGCCGCUGCGACGCCAACUACUGCUAUCAGUGCUUACACGAGUAUUUCCUCAAUGCUCUCGACUCGCCAUCGCUGUUCCCUCCCAGAUGCUGUUGCUUGAUACAGUUGUAUACGCUCCUUCCAAGCUUUGAUGCAGACAAAGCAGCACGGUAUCGGGAGAUGUUGGAGGAGUGGCUCUGCAAUGAGAAGACUUAUUGCCCUGUGCCGACAUGCUCGGCGUUCAUACCUGAAAGGCUGAUACCACCCUCCAAGCAGGCAGCUGCGCCGCCACAGACCCCUAUCCAUGAAACGAUAUCGAAUCUCUUACGACUGCUCGACUCGACUCCGUUUGCACGCUUCUUCCGCGGCAAUCUCAACAUGGACACUUUGCCCGGCUUUCGAGAGGCUGUGGCCAAUCCAAUCAGCCUGGCAGAUAUCAAGCGCAAAAACGACACCCGAUCAUACUCUUCGAUGUCUCAUCUGGCCAAUGAUGUUGUUCUGCUGGUUGAAAACGCCAAACGGUAUAACGGGGAUGGUCAUCCUGUCACUCACGCCGCUAACGGACUCUUCGCCUUUUUCAUCGAACGUAUCUCGGCUGGCUCAGGAAACGGAACAUCGCAUAAAGACGCGCACAGCCUCGUCUCCCCAGAGUCUCGCAAUUUCUUCCCAUGCCCGAAGUGCCAUGUGGCGAUCUGCACUGGCUGCAAACAGGUCGAGCAUACUGGAAAGCCGUGUGAUACAUCGGAUCGAGACAGCUACGAAUUAGCCAUGCUUGAGCAGUUUGGCUACAAGCAAUGCCCUCGCUGCAAGCAGGGAGUCAGGAGGAUGUACGGCUGCUCCCAUAUGCAGUGCACGUGUGGUGCGCACUGGUGUUGGCGGUGCACUAAGAGCCUUGACCAAUGCCUUGGUGAUUGCGCUGAAGAAGGCAACGGCGAGCUAGAUGAUGAGGAUGAAGACGACAUGGCUGAAGACGACGAUGAGGGCGACGGUGAAGAAGUCGAGAAAGAUGAGGACAGUGGAUUUGUCGAAGGAGCUCAACCCACCGUUCAUGAGUCUGCCAGCGGAGCAACUCUACAAUUGCCCAUACAACAACGCCAGGACCCUCCAAUCGUUCCCACAAACCUCGAUGCUGGAGGUGACGCGCGAUGGGAACAAUCUGGAGAAGACUUCGGGGAAGAGCCGGAGGAGGAACCCAUGAACCAGGUUUGGAGCUGCAGUCACUACUUCGUCAAGUUCCGCGACCCAGAUGACGACCUCGAUCACGGCAACCUGGACUACCUAGAGUGUAACCACUGCUCUAGGUCGAUCAAACCCAUGCCUCGACGAAAGGAGAGCCUGCGUCGAAGAUCGAAGGGUGGAGUCGUAGUGAAGGAGGAAGAUCAAGCGUGGGACUGUGAACAAUGCCGUCUGAUAGUCUGCGUUGACUGCAGGACGUCGAAGUAUCAAGGUGCUCGUACACAGUCGCAAAUAUGA